AUUUCUCAAUCCAUAUCCCCUUUUUAUUUUUUGUUGUCUCCUUUUUCCGGGUUUCGCACCGAGUGGGCUGGCGAAUAGAAAAGUCCGAGAAAACAAAUUCUCCCCUCUCUCUCUCUAGCCCAGACCGCGUGACGAGCAGUCGUACAACGUAAUCUUCUCUCUCUACAGACCCAAAUAGAACUUUCAUUUUUCCUUUGAAAUUUCCACCUCUCUCUGCUCUCUCGCUCUUUAGUCUACUCCGCCUCCAUUUCGAAAACUCAAAUUCUUUUGGUUUCGUUACCAAGUCUCUCUCUCCCCCUUCUCCUUCUCUUCCGCAUCUAGCUCCACUUCGCGCCAUGGCCGGACGCUUCGACCCCAAUCCUUUCGACGAGGAGGAAGUGAAUCCAUUCUCAAAGCCUGCAAACUCAAGGUUGUCGCCGCUUCCUCCCGAGCCUGCUGGUUUCGGUGGCUAUAAUCAUGGUGCAACAGUUGAUAUUCCUAUUGAUUCAUCUACGGACUUGAAAAAGAAAGAGAGGGAACUGCAGGCCAAGGAGGCUGAACUUCGCAGGAGGGAACAGGAUAUCAAAAGACGGGAAGAAGCAGCUUCCAGAGCUGGAAUACAACUGGAGGAGAAAAAUUGGCCACCUUUUUUCCCAAUCAUCCACCAUGAUAUAUCCAAUGAGAUACCAAUUCACUUGCAAAGGAUUCAGUAUGUUGCUUUUUCGACGUUCUUAGGAUUGACUCUCUGCCUUCUAUGGAAUAUAGUUGCUGUGACAACAGCGUGGAUCAAGAAUGAAGGUGUGAAGAUAUGGUUUCUUGCCAUUAUCUACUUCAUAUCAGGAGUUCCAGGAGGCUAUUUCUUGUGGUACCGUCCACUGUACCGGGCAUUUCGGACUGAUAGUGCUUUGAAGUUUGGGUGGUUUUUCUUCUUCUAUCUGAUCCAUAUCGGCUUCUGCAUUAUUGCUGCGGUUGCUCCUCCCAUCUUUUUCAAAGGAAAAUCUCUCACUGGCGUGCUGGCUGCAAUCGACGUCAUAGGAAAUAGCCUUCUGGUUGGGAUCUUCUACUUCAUCGGGUUCGGACUGUUCUGUGUCGAAAUUGUUCUCAGCAUUUGGGUUCUCCAGCAAGUAUACAUGUACUUCCGUGGAAGCGGUAAAGCAGCAGAGGUCAGGCGUGACGCUGCGAGAGGAGCAGUGAGGGCAGCAAUAUGAUUUCCCGACGCUUUCAGAGAACAAACAGGUUACGACUGCCAUGUGGAUCUAGGGUUGUAUAUGCGCAGAGCUUCUACGUACAUGUUUCCUUUAUAGAGAGUGAUAUGCCCCUCCCCUGCCUCUGCUUUAUCCGGGAAUCAGUCUCUUUGUUUAACAGACGACAGUUUUCAUUACCCUUUUGCUAUUCCAUUUCUCGUUGGAGUGUUCUGCUCGCCCUUUUUGUAUAUUUGAUUGUACCGAAGAGAUCAAGGAUUUAUUUUCUUGCUCUAGUAUUAGUUUUCUUCCUAGUGAAAGUUGAUUGGUCGUGAUGAUGCUUGUGUCCCUAUAUUCCCCAGCUAAAUUUGAAUCAUGUUGCAUUCUUCCUCCUGCUCUAGCUUAAGAGACCAUAUGGCAACUCGUUCAAUUACUCUCCGUUCGUAUUAGCUCUCUAUGUUGCUAACACGUCUGGUUUUUGUGUGAGCCGUCUAAUUGAGGAUCUUGCACGUUUCUGAUUGUUCGAUGGUCUCGUCUGUCAGCACUUCGUACACAAAAGGGAAAGAAAGAAUACCUCAAACUCAUCAUCUCAUAUCUAUAAGAGUGAUAAGACUAGAAGAUAAUAAGAUCACAUAUCAUCAUAUCACCAUCGUGUGAAGAUCAUCGCCUUAGUAGACAUUACUACUUCAACAUACACACAUAUAUAUAGCAGUGUGGCACUACUAUAAGCAAACCGCCGGCCACCCCCGAGUAAGCGACGCAUUUCUUCUUGCAAUCCAUGGUGCACCCUCCACCACCACCUCCGCUGCCGUACCCUUUCCCGGAGCGGCCGUAGGCGGAGAAGCACUUGGCCGGGCAGCGGAGCUUCUUGUUGAAGCAGGGGCCUUUCUCCUUGCAGACCACGGACGGCCUCCGCCUUUCGGGCCUCCAAACCCGGACCCGUACCCGCCGC